CCGAGGUGUGCUUAUUAAACUUGAAUGACUGAUAAGACAAGUAAUUGCGCCAGAAGAAAUGCUAAUUUUAAAAUGUCUCUAAAUUCCUGAACUUCACACGUGGGAAGUCCAGUGACCUGGGGUAGCUCUUGGGAAUUAGUAAUCCGAUACAGAAUCUUUCCCCUUUGUGUCACCUGUUACAAUUUGGCUUCCCUUUGCUGGGACUGAAAAUCAUUACCAGCUGACAGCUCUGUGAAGCCUGAUGUCUGCAACCAAAGCGACGUGUAGAAUGUUGCUGACGCCGGGCAGGAAGAGGAAGUGCCUAUUUCGAUUAAUUGAAUAGCCGUGGAGUGGAAAAAGAUCUAUUUGCGAACACAGCAGACUGACUAGUACUUAGAACGAAAAGAGAGUGGAUCCAGAGGAAACCAGGAUCUGCCGGAUCACACCAUUCACACGGCAGCAGAUUUUGGAAACCACAUUGACUCUUUUGGCUGCACUCAAGUGAUAUCAACUAAGAGGACCCUAUCAGGCUUGAAGUGCAUUGCCACAGUGAAGCUACUUCCGCUUCUAUUGAAAACACCAUCUCAGGAUGAAACUCAAACCCAAUUGUCACUAUGGAAACCACAGUAAAGAUAGGGAUACAGUUUCAAAACGAAAACUCUGCCUGGAACUGGGAGACAGGUUGGCUGCUCGUGUUUUCCUCAGUGAUAUCCUGGUCUGUGGGGUCAACGCUUCACUUGGUCAUAAAGGGGAGGCUUGUGUCCCCUGGACACUUUCUGCCUUCGCUGUCAGCCCUUGACUGUUUCUGAGCCCCUUCCCUAGGCCCGUAUUCAUCCGAGCCACUUGUCUCCAGCAAGUUUGAAGGUCGUGAGGUGGAUCUCCACAUUCUUGUGAAUAACUGAGCAGGGGACUUGAUUUAAAUCUGUGCAUCGCCAAGGGCAAGGGGCUGAGAACAUGGAUAGAGAGAAGUUUCGGCAGAAGGCUCUGAAGCAAACUAAGCAGAAGAAAUCCAAGUGGGCUGAAUUUCUGAUGGUUAAAGAAGAUAGAGAGGCUACGGAAGGCAUUGGGAACCCAGCUUUUAACGUGAGCAGCCCGGAUCUCUUAGCACAUCAGACUUCAGACAGGAAAGUUAUUAGACGUGACACGCUGGAUCCUACCCUUGCAGCUCACCAACAAAAAUUCAGGCUGCUGGCCUCUGCUGAACCAAAAGGAAAUGAAUACAGCAGAAAUUACUUUGACCCACUGAUGGAUGAGGAAAUAAACCCAAGGCAGUGUGGGAUGGAGGUCAGCAGAGAGGCACCCCUGCAAGUUGAUACUAGAAUUCUCAAUGAUCGAUUAAUGAAGCUGUUUGAGGAGAGAGGACAAGGAGAAGCCCAAGAUGGGAGCCGCCAGGAGGAGAUUUUGGAUUCUGAAGAGACAGUGAAUUCCAGAAAGAGACCGGAAUCCCACAAAGAGGGCAGCGAGGCAUCUGAAGGAUAUGUUCAGAAAAAUACAAUUCUGCUUGGAAGUUCUUCUUUGGAACAGGACCUGAAAUGUGGAGGGGAAGGACUCAGUCAGUACAUUCCUAUGUCAUGUUUAAACACCAACAAAACAUUUGACAAAGUGCCAAGUCAACCAUUAAUUGCACAUCGAGAUGUCUGGAAAGAAAACAGGCCGGCCGAGCUCUGUACUCUCACAGACGUAACUCACGAAUCAAAGGCAGCAGCAGCAGGACCUUGCUGGAAGGUUGAGCGCGGCCAGGCGCCUCAGCAUCUUCAAGUACGGAUGAAAUGUGCAAGAGGCCUCAAGAACAAGGCUCCCCGAGGCUCCUACCGCCUCAGGGUGUCCCUGCUUGGUCGACCAGGUGGCUGUGUCUUCCAGUGGCAGCAAACGGAGCAGCUGAAGACCAGAACACACCCAGUGAGGCAUGAUGGAAAUUUUUAUGAUCUGGGGCUCUAUUUCCACGAAAGCCUUUAUGUGGACUCGUUUGGGGUACGAGAAGACUACAAAGAUGAGUGGCAGGCAAGUAAAAUGAUGAUGGUGACAACUGAUAGAAAUAGUUAUACUAUAGAAGCAGCAGCUCAAGCAAAAGGAACCGGAAGUUCAGCACUCCCUCCGAAGAAAGAUGUGAAACCUGGCAUGGCAUUCUUGUUUGAACUCUGUCUCCUUCGUGGGAAAUAUGCUUCUUUUGACUGGGUUGUGGGCUGGGCAGCCUUCCCUGUGUGUGAUAACAACUUUGAUGUAGUGGACGGGAAAUUCAAGUGUCCCCUUCUCCGAGGUCAUUAUGACCAGAAAUUCGACAGCUUCAGGAAAAUGGAAGAUUUGAUGUGCCAGGACUUGGACCACUGGCUGUGCAAUCUCUACUUUCAGGUUAUUAAACUUCCUCUGUGUUUGGAUGAUCAAACAACCUAUGAAAGGCAGACUCAGCUUCCUCCCGAAUUUCCAGUUUCUUUAAUGGCUGGAGCAGAGACAGCAGAAUCAGGCGUGGAGAAUACAGCUGGCCUUUCAGAGAAACAAACAGAAGAAAACAUUUGUUCAUCCCUGGAUGGUAAGGCUAAAAUCCUCCCUACGCUCUUCUCAGGGUUAGUGGAUAACAAUGCUAUUGUCAAUAUGCUUGGUGUGAUAAGGGGAGGAUGGAAUGGUGGGAAGAAACAAGAUGAACAAGGCACAUUGUCUGCAGAGAGUUUUAUUGUUGUUGUCGUUGUUGUUACUUUGGUUUGUUUGCGAAGAGUUAUGGUUCUGGAGCAGCAGUUCUCAACUGGUGAUGUCUUGCUCCCCAGGAGGCAUUUGGCAACACCCGGAGACAUUUUUGGUUGCAGCAAGUGGGGGAGGGAUGGAGGGGUGGAAGGAAGCAUUUCUAAUAAAUUUGGUCCCUGCCCUAUGGACUGUGAUCUCAAUCUCUUAAAAGAAGACCGUGAAUUACACAAGAAGACUCUGUCUUUUGAUGAAACAAUCCCUUCGCUCUUCAUCUGGCCAGAUGGGAGUGCUCCCUGGAGUCGCGCACAAAGACCCCGUAAAGAGUUUGGGGGAGAAAAAGCUGCCGCUAAGUGGAGCUUAAUUGUGCUAGAACCGCCAAGCAAAUACCGGCAAGGUCUCGGGGGGAAGCCUUCCUUGGCCCAGUUGGAGAUAGGUGUCCAUCCUAUGUUUUCUCGUAGCAUUCUGUAUGUCACCGUGACACUUCUCACCCUGGAGUUUGUCCCUGGAUUUUAUUUGUCUUUUCACCGAUAUGUCUCUUCCAAUAGAAUGAAAUUGCUGUGGCCUCUGGCAGCUCACCCUGUGAGCGAUAGAGGAUUCGCCUGCAUGAACCGAGGAGUAGUUGCUGGCCUCAAUGUGAUUUUGCACAUGCUCACUACAGACUCCGCACGGAGUUCUGGGUUAGAUGAUGGUCUACAUCUUCAUGGCAAAAUACAGACCCGAACAACAAAGGAACGGUCGAUGUCAAAUUCAGUGCCUCCUUCGUCCGGUGCAGACCAGAAGGCUAAAGUCUUGGAACUGAAACUAUACCAUCAACCCCCGCCCCCGACCCCAGACCCUGGAAAACUGCAUUCUGCUUUCUAUCUUUGUGAAUUUGACUAUUCUAGCUCCCACACGUGUUCCUCGGUUGCUGAUGGUACUGGAUCUAGAGAAUUCUUCAAGCACCUUCAUUUCGGGAUGGUGUCGGCGUUCUCGGAACUUCAAUUUGCUGAGUGGCGAAGCCAGGGCUUCUGGUACAUCAUCCUACUGAUGGCAUCUCUCUGGUUCCUGAGGCUCUACCUCCAUUACCUUAGCCAGUGGCUUUUCCUCCAGGCCAUUUCAAUUCCUGUUACAAAAUUCCAUUUUUCCCCUUUCACGGUUGAGCUUUGCUACCCAUCUUCCUCACUUGCCAUCAAAGAAGAGUUGCUCGUAGUUGUGGUGGGUCCUUUAAUGCUGAAUGCAGUGAUACUUCCUUUGGUUCUGAUCAGAUGGGGCUGUCAGCUACUGUUUGCCUCCUGCCCUGAUGUCUUGUCAAAAUUAAUCAUUACCAUGGGACUAUGGACAGUUCUAGACCCAUUGGCCGUGUUUAUAGUGGAUACUAUCCUCGGGCGGCUUACACAGAAUGGGGAGACUCCCGUAGCUGACGCGGCAAAGCUGUACUGGGUGUUUGUAAGAACCAUGCAGUCGGGAAUUCUCGGUGUCAUGCUCACAGUGCUAAUUUACAUCCUCCUGUUCAUCAUUUCUUCUUUGAUUUUAUAUUUGUACUGUCUCAGAAGCUUUCGAGUUGGACAUAGUCCCACUUACUCAAUUUUGCCUUAG